GUAUCAAUCUUCCAGAAAUCCUCAUGACGCGGUAGCAGGCAGCAGACAGCUGGAUAAGAGCUCAGUUUCGAGGUAAAAAAUGGCAGUGGAGAAGCGCCUGGCAUUCUCUAUUGUGCAGUUCCUACGAGAUCAAACACAUUGCGGUGCUCUGAAUUCUGAUGAGCAGGAGAGCCUCGAAGUUGCGAUUCAGUGUUUGGAGACGACCUUUAAGAUCAGUUCAAGUGACUGCCAUCUUGCCGUACCACAACCCCUGACGGAGAUAUUCCUCAACUCCCUGCUGAAGAAUGACAACCUCACCGUACCAGAGACUUCUCCGUCUCCAGAGGACAUAGAGCGAGCGGAGCAGCUAAAGAAUGAAGGGAACAACCACAUGAAGGAGGAGAACUACAGAUGUGCAGUGGAGUGUUACACAAAGGCCAUCGAUCUGGACCUGAGAAAUGCUGUGUACUACUGCAACAGGGCUGCAGCUCACAGUAAACUGGGGAAUUAUACAGAAGCAACUGGUGACUGCGAGAGAGCCAUUGGGAUAGAUCCAACCUACAGCAAAGCGUACGGGAGGAUGGGUUUGGCUUUGACCGCCAUGAGCAAGUAUCCAGAGGCAAUUACCUACUUCAAGAAAGCGCUGGUGUUAGACCCCGAGAACGACACGUACAAAUCCAACCUGAAGAUCGCAGAGCAGAAACAGAAAGAGGCAACCAGCCCGAUCGCUGCAGGAUUGGGAUUUGACAUGGCGAGUUUAAUCAACAACCCCGCCUUCAUCAGCAUGGCUGCCAGCGUGAUGCAGAACCAACAAGUACAACAGCUUAUGUCAGGAAUGAUGUCGAACGCUGUCGGGGGUCCAGCAGCGGGAGUGGGAGGACUGUCAGACAUUUCAAGUUUGAUUGAAGCCGGACAGCAGUUUGCCCAGCAGAUCCAGCAGCAGAACCCCGAGCUGAUCGAGCAGUUAAGGAACCACAUCCGGAGCCGCUCGUUCAGCGGCAGCGCAGAGGAGCACUCAUGAUCUUCUUAGCGUCACUUUUUUUUCCAAGAAAGGGCAACCAUUACGGCGCGAUUACAAUCUCUACACCCAUUUCUUAAAGUCAAAUCCCCGGCAGAGCUGGACUGAAGAGACAAGGAUGGGGGUGAAGGCACUUUACUGUGACUAAAGGCCCUGCAGCAAAGAAGAGACGAGGGCCUGGAGACCGGACCAUAAAAUGAAGCAUCCCCCACACAUCUUAGGGUAAAAAACAUAUUGUAAACACAUAAUCACAUAAAAAGAGCCAAGAAUGCAUUCAGCCGGCUGAGAGGGCGUCACAGCUUCUACAUCCUGCAGAGGUUGUCGUGUUUUUUAUGUGCCGAACAUACAACUCGCUUCAUAUUCCGAGGAAAGGAUCCGUCUGACUAGUCGUGAUGAAUAAUGGAGGGUUCUGGGAGGAAUGUACUUUUACAGCAUUGCAGGGAACAUUUCAGCUUUUUUCUCAUUGAAUUUCCAUAGGACAUCAGGUUUGCCUUGUUUCUACUGCAUCUCUUAUUUUUGUAGACAGACUCACUCCACUUGUGUAAGGGUGAUAAAACACAUUAACGAGUAGGACUCUCUUCACUGCUUUUAAAACGAGGACUACUUCAGUUUUAAUCAAGACUACAGUUUAUUGUAUAGCAGUGUUUGCAGCCUGCAUUAUGUUGUUAUUGCACUUUAGUAAAAAAAUAAAGGUCCCCCUUUAAACCUAUUUAUUGUUCAUAAACUGGUAACAAAGUAUUCAGAUUGUUCUUUUUGCAUGCUCUUACAUCUGGUAUUUGAGAUCAGAUGAUUUAUGGAAACAAUAGGUAUGCUAGGACAGCACGAUGUUUUGUCUAUAACAUGUUAAUAAAUGUCUUGAAAUUGAGAAACGAA